AUGGCUCACGCGUUUCUCAAUGGCGCCGCCAUCGCGUCUCCGAGUUUCACCGCUGAUCUUGGCAAGAUCCCAGCGCGCCGAGCUCCAUCGACGGGCGUUCGCCUCGCGCCAGUCCGCGCUGAAGCUCCUCAUGUCAUUGCGACCGUCACUGCGGUCCCGAUCUCCCUGAAUGCUCCAGCGCCUGAUUUUUACCCAUUCACGUCACUCCCGCCGACUCCGGUCUUCCCGUCGCACGCAGCCAUGGCGCAGUUCCUCCAAUCCUACGCUCGCAUGCUGCAGCACGUCCAAACCGCCACAUCGGGCGUCGCCCGCAUUGACCUCGUUGACCGCGUUGACCACAGCCAGGACGCCCUCGUCUCUGGCGAAUCCCUCGCCGCCGCUGGGACGACCGUGCUGAAGCGCGUGCGUGUGGGGAUCCGCGCGCUCCUGCGCCACCCGCAGCACGGUGUGCCCUCGGGCCGCGGGGGGGCAUGGUGCGCAAAGAAGGAGCGCGCGGAGGAGUGCCUUGCGGAGCUGGAGCGCGAUAUUGAGGUCAUUCGCUCUGCGCAUGAGCGCCCGCCCCGUGCUACUACGCUUGCGCUCGCGACGAUUCACUGCUUCGACGCCGCUCGGAUCAUCCGCACGCUGUGA